UGUCGGCUAAACUUAAACACGUGGGUGUUUUGGCUAAAUGUAACCACGUGUGUGUGUCGGCUAAACUUAAACACGUGUGUGUUACGUUUAGCCAACGGUUUGAUCAGGUGAAUGGUGGUGAGCAGUGUUCAAAGUCCUCGCUAUCAUCACUUCACCAGCACAUGUCUGCCCCCCAUAUCUGAAAUAGAACCCCUGAUCUUCCAAAUAAAAUCCCCUCCUCUCCUCUGUGCUUGGUUCCUCUCCUCUGUCCUUGGCUCCUCUCUCCUCGUGCAGCACGUAGGUUGUGAUGGACAGAUAGCGUCGGACCAGCAGGAGGAUCGAUGUGGAGUCUGUGGAGGAGACAACUCCAGCUGUAAAGUCAUCAAGGGAAACUUCACCCGCAGCACCAAGAAACAAGGUUACCUGAAGAUCCUGGAGAUCCCCAAAGGAGCCCGACACCUGCUGAUCCAGGAGUUCAAAGAGACUCCUCACAUCCUGGCCGUGAGGAACCUGGAGACGGGUCACCUCUUCCUCAACGAUGAAGACGUGCUCCCAGAGUCCCGAGUGCUAAUCGAGAAGGGUGUGGCAUGGCAUUACAGCAACAUCGAGGAGCGGGAGUCCAUCCAGACGACAGGGCCUCUGAAAUAUGGAGUCCUGCUCAUGGUCAGUCCAUCAGUACAGACACUCUGGCUGCUUUCACACCGUCAUGCAGCUAACACCCUGACAACCACCUACCUUUGAGAGCAUCACCCCAAAAAGCAAGAUGUUUUUUUGUUUUUUUUUUGACAACUUUAUUUAUCAUUUUAUCCAUAACAAAAACAUUAACAUCAAUGGUUAAGCAUUUCUUACAGAAGUUGUAAACCCCCCGCACCCCCUCCAGGUGGCAUCCCCCACUACAAACAUACAAUCACACCCACAACCAUAUACAUAGGUCAAAGGCAACAGAUAGGCACUAAUACUCAUGUGCAUAUAAAUAAAGGCAUACAUGUCCCUUCUAUCUGCAGGAAUAUAUUCUGUAUCCAAACAUAAAUACCUAAGCAAAAAAAUAAAUAUACAAAUAUCAAAAAAAAGAAAAGAAAAUAGACAUACACUCACACUAAAGACUCAAACUAGUCUGCUUUGAAUAUUGCAGUCAUAGUACCAGCAUUUUGGACCUUCUGAAAAAGAUACGAAAAAGAAAAAAAAAAGGUACAAAUGAUCCUGUCAUAAUUUGGGCAUCUAAAAAUAUAAGUCAGAAGUCAAAGGGAGACAACGAGCGGCCAGGUGAAAGGCAGGCUCCUACUAUGAGUUAUGAACCAUGACCACGUUUUUUCAUACUUAUCCUCCAGCCCACAUACUGUAUACCUAAUUUUUUCUAAAUCUAAUCCCAACAUCACCUCCCUAAUCCAAUGAAUAUAGAUGGGAGGAUUCUUUCCCUUCCAGUUCAGUAAUAUCAGACGACGGGCAUGCAACUAUGCAUAGGCAAUUGCAUUUCUGUGGAGUCGGGACAACUCCAACUUGUCUCUAACUAUACCAAAGAUGGCUGUUAAAGGUUCAGUCUGCAGUGUUUUGCCCGGU